AUGGCCGAACACCCUGGGUCGCCGUCGCCACCAUCGCGAGAUGGCAGCGUCGGCCCCAUCACGCCUCACGAAAGAUCCAGCCUGGACUUUCCCCAGCCAGAGCUGGCCCCCGAAGAGAUCGCAGAGCGCCUGCGUGGCCUGCGCGUCAAGUUUCGCUCGCACGACGAGCACAUGCCGUAUCCCAAGUACAGCGAGGAUGGCGGCCAGCCCGAGGCUUCCGCUCACCAGCAGCAGCACCACCACCACCACCACCACCAGAUGCCCGAUCUCGAAAAGGCAGAGACUGCUCAGUCCGACGCCAACGAUGAAGAAGGGAAAAACAAUCUCACGCGGGUGCUAUCGCUGCGCGACCGAGCCCGCCAGCUGAUGACCAGGCUCGGCCGGCCCGAGGACCCUGGCGAUGGGCUCAUCCCAGCCAUCGACACGGGCAACUGGGUCGAUGAUCUUGAUAGUCCACAGUCCGGGCUCGACGAGAAGAAUGCGUCCAAAAUUCAUACUGCCGAGGCCAACCGUCUCGUGCGUGGGAUGCACCAUAUCAAACGCAAGGCGCGGCCGGGAUACCAGCGCACAUAUUCAACAGAGUCUGUGGUCAGUGCGGCCGGCUCAGAUACAGAAUCAGACCGACCGAUUCGGGGAGAGGGUAUCUUGUCGAAUCUUUUGAGGCUGCAUCAGCAGCAGCACUCGGGUCGCAACACCCCGGUGACCCCUGACAGCGGCACUACCACACCGAAGAAAGUGAAAUGGUAUCACAAGCACUCGCCAAACCAGUCGACAAUGUCUUUGGUUGGGGCUAGUUUGAACAUGGGCUCUACUGGUGGCGCGCUGGCUUUGGAUGAUCUGCAAAAGACGGUGAAUAGCAAGCGGCGCAAGAUGCACAGCCGAAAGGAGUCAAAAGAUCCAAAAGAACACAUUGCCGUGCGCAUUGCAAACAUCAUCAGUCGGCAGAGAUAUCUCAUGUCUUUGUGCCGAGCGUUGAUGCGGUUUGGCGCUCCUAGCCAUCGUCUGGAGGAGUAUAUGCAAAUGACCGCGCGGGUACUUGAUAUUCACGCCCAGUUUUUGUAUCUGCCCGGCACAAUGAUCAUGUCCUUUGACGACCUGGCCACCAGGACGACGGAGGUGAAGCUGGUGCGAGUGCCCCAGGGCGUGGAUCUGGCUCGACUGGAAGACACGCAGGAUAUUUACAAGAAUGUCGUCCACGAAAAGGUCACUGUUGACGAGGCCAUUUCGCUGCUAGAGGAUGUGAUGGGCCGGCCGCCCAAAUAUCCCACCUGGUUCGUUGUUUUGUGCUAUGGCUUUGCAUCUGCCUCUGUUGGUCCGUUUGCUUUUCAGGCUCGCCCAAUCGACAUGCCCAUUAUUUUUCUUCUUGGGUGUCUGCUCGGUUUGUUGCAGUUGGUUUUUUCGCCUCGGUCGAGUCUGUAUUCGAACGUGUUUGAGGUUCUGGCGACUAUUGUGACGUCCUUUUUAGCACGUGCUUUUGGCAGUAUUCAGAUUGGCGAGACCGACGGCAAACCUGAGUAUUUGUUUUGUUUCUCGUCCAUGGCCCAGUCGUCGAUUGCGUUGAUUCUUCCGGGUUUCUUGGUUCUUAGCAGCAGUCUGGAGCUGCAGUCUCACCAAAUCAUUCCUGGCUCCAUUCGAAUGGUGUACGCCAUUAUUUAUUCGUUGUUUCUUGGCUAUGGAAUCACCGUCGGCACGACUAUUUACGGGCUCAUGGACGGCAAUGCAAACCCGUACACUACAUGUUCCGGCUCCUUGAUCGGAAACAACGAAUAUGUUCAGCGCUUUCCAUUUGUUGCAUUGUACGUUAUCUUUCUGGUUGUCAUCAACCAGGGCAAGUGGAAACAAGCGCCCGUGAUGAUUGUCAUUGCCGUGGCCGGUUAUGUUGUCAACUACUUUAGCAGUCUAAAGUUGAACUCCAACAUGGAGCUCGCCAAUACGCUCGGGGCAUUCACCAUCGGCACGCUGGGGAACCUGUACAGCCGGCUAUGGCACGGCCACGCCGCAACUGCGAUUUUACCUGCAAUUUUUGUCCUGGUUCCGUCGGGACUCGCCUCAUCAGGCUCGUUGGUGUCCGGCGUGCAGUCUGCGGGCGAGAUCCGGGCAAACAUAACGGGCAACAGCAGCGGCACAACCUCAACGUCGAGUGCUGCUAACAGUUCGGUAUAUGACAUGGGAUACGGAAUGAUCCAGGUGGCGAUCGGCAUCACCGUUGGACUGUUUUUGUCGGCGAUUGUGAUUUAUCCAUUGGGGAAGAGGCGCAGUGGGUUGUUUAGCUUUUAG